CUACAGUGGGCUUAGUGGAAAUACACUGCCCCGCCGCGGGGUAUUCAGCGGAAUGAUUCACUGUUGAUUCACUACUGAUCGGCGAGCAAAAAGUUGCCCCGCGCUUGUUAGGUUCCGUUCUUGUUCCGUUAUCAAAAUCUCGCGAUCGCCUCGUCUUUCUUUUCUUAAAUCUCUCCCUUGCUAAUCGUACCUCCUCACUAUAACAAGUUCUGAUCUGCCGUGUUUUUUCGUUCUGAUACCGCAUCCCGAUACCCAUCCGCUUUCCCUACUUCCAACACUCUUGGUUUUUCCAGACGCAAUGGCUCCUCGUACCGAUUUCCCACCUGUUAGGGCCUGUCUUUUCGACAUGGACGGCCUCCUUCUCGACACCGAAGACAUCUACACCAAGUGUGUCAACAUCAUCCUCGAAAAGUAUGGCAAGGGAACUCUCCCAUGGUCUAUCAAGGCCAAGCUUCAGGGCCGCCCUGGUCCUCAGGCCAAUAAGAUCUUUCACGACUGGGCCCAGCUCCCCAUCACCUCCGAAGAGUACGUCGCCGAGAACACGAUGCUCCAGAAGCAGCUGUUUCCCCACACAAAGCCUCUCCCUGGCAUCGUCGACUUGCUUGGCCACCUAGGCCGAACCCGAUACUGGGAGGUCAAGGAUGAUGCUACUACUGAAGCUAAGGACAAGUCCAGCAGUGAGCCUCAACGUGUUCACAUCGCUCUGGCCACUAGCUCUCAUCUUGGCAACUUCCGUGUCAAGACAAACCACCUCGAGGAGCUUUUUGCUGUUUUCCCUUCCCACCGCCGUGUUCUUGGAGACGAUUCCCGCCUGACUCCCGGCCGUGGAAAGCCUCUGCCCGACAUCUUCCUUCUCGCUCUGAAGACCAUCAACGACAGCCUUCCUGCUGGCGAACGACCCAUCACCCCCGAGGAGUGUCUUGUUUUCGAAGAUUCAGUCCCCGGUGUCGAGGCUGGUCGUCGUGCCGGUAUGCGCGUGAUCUGGUGCCCCCACCCGAUGUUGAAGAAGGAGUACGAUGGACGCGAGGCUGAGGUCCUCGCUGGGCGCACUGGUGAGGCUGGAGAAGUCGAUCUCCAUCAGGUUGGUGAGAUUGACGAUGGCUGGGCCGAGUACAUGCUCAGCCUUGCUGACUUCCCCUACGAAAAGUUUGGCAUCGUCGUACCUCCUAUCGAGGUUGAGAAGGAAGAUUGUAUGAAAGAGAUACCCGAAGAGAUUGUUGCUGAAGUCUAGGAGACUGAGCCGAUCAUUCCUGGCGGGCCGCUGGUGAUGAAGAAGUCGUUGGACUUUGGUCCGCGCAACUAGAUGCAUGGCAAAUGCGCCAUUUUUCGUGUUACUUCUGGCGAGUGACCAUUGAUGAGAAUAUGACGAGAACUGAACGGAUUAGACAAAAAGGUGUGGUGUAAAGAAUUUGCUACUAUAUAGUUGGCUUGCUUUGUUGCGUUCUUCACACACGAGAAUAGAUAAGGAAUCUCAGGACAUGAUACCCAAGCAAGAAUCCAUUACC